GUAGAAGCAUUUAACCAUCUGGCCACACUGCCGAGUAAUAGUCAUUGAAUCGAAUGAAAAUAAAGUCGCAGAAUUAGGUGUAUUGUUGAGAAGUUGCAGAGGGUCAGCGAAGAUGUACCAGGAAUACCUAUACCAACUGCGGGCCACCAUCACCCCGAUGUGCCACGAGGAGCUGAAGGAACUGCUGAACGAUGACGACAAGCUGGACGAGAAGGUUGACGAAGUUCUCCAGGUGCUCCGAACACAAAAGACCAGUGUUUUCGAGGACAACAGGAGUCGGGCGGAGCGCAAUAUCGAGCGGGAGCCGCAGAUCAUCGAGCUGCGGGGGCAGCUGGCAGAACUCUCGGAGGAUGGGCGCACCAGGUGCUCCUCUGUCCAGGAGAAACUCUCACAGCUCAAGGAGAAGUCGGGCGGAGUGGGCCUUGAAACGGCGCUGGCCCUGCUGCAGACAGCUGCCUCCGAGAGCGAGGAGCAGACCGAGGAGAUGGUCAAGAAGUUCAACGACAGCGAUAUCGGCGUGGAGGACUUUCUGGACGCGUUCCUCCCUAUCCGGAGGACCAUGCACCUGCGUCGCCUCAAGGCCGAAAAAAUGCAGGAGCUGAUGCGCAAACAGCGCCAGGGUCCGGGCCCAAAUACUUCUCUGCCAGCCUACGGAAACGUGCCCUCCAGCGGAUUCUAUCCCGCGUCUGGGGGCUCCGCCCCUUACCCAAUCAUGGGUCCCCUGAUGCCCAUGCCACCGCCAUCCAGACCGUACUGAGGUCUUGGUCCUUGGUCCUUGGUCCUCAGCGAAUUAACUGCCAUGGCGCAUCAGUCUGCAGCAGGCAAGUUUGUACAUUUGAAUCCUCUCUUUAAGUACAUAUUGCUUCAGUUUCAUCUUCUGAUUACAGUGGGUUAAUUGCAAAUCAGAGGGAACUUUCUGGUACACACAUCUCUGCCUGCACUAAACUAUGAUAUAUAUGUAUAUGUGAAAGUAUAAAUUAAGCGAAAAUUAACAUUAAUAUUAGACAGUGGACAUUUCUUGUUAAAAUAAAAACUUUCGAU